CUCGCGGGCGGGUGGGGCGGGCUCGGCGCGGCGCUAAGAUGGCUGCCAAGGGCUUGCACUCGCACAUGAAGCUGGAAGGAGAGAUAGAGCGGUGCCGGGCGGAGGGGCACUGGGAGCAGCUCCAACACCUAGCGAAGCAGCUGCUGUUGCCAGCACGGCCCCGGCGCAAGGCGGCGGCGGGCGCGCAGGACACGGAGGACUACAGGAGUAUGCUGCUUGCUGAGGCUCUGCUGGAAGAAUGUUUGAAGGAAAACUUUGCCAAACUGAAGGACUCCAUUCCACUGACAGAGAAGAAUGAACCAAAACUGAGUGAUGCCAAGCAGUAUCUGACUAAUAUCUUAAGCAGAGGAGAGCUGCGACCUAAGUAUAUGACAGAAGCUAUGCUGAUCCUAGGAAAGCUUCAUUACGUGGAGGGAUCAUACAGAGAUGCCAUCAGCAUGUAUGCAAAAGCAGGAAUCGAUGACCUCUCAACAAAAGGUGAACCUCUGUAUAUGCUGCGUAUGGUGGCUGAAGCCUUCGUUAUCAAAGGUCUGUCACUGGAACGCUCAACCAACUCGGUUGCAUCACGUGCUCGGCUGUGUGAGAGGGAGGAGGAGGUCAUGGCUUGCUUUGAAACAGCUUGUGUCAUUACACAGGUGUACUUGCAGGAGCUUGAGAAGACCUUAAACAACACACAUUCAAGGAAUAUGAAGAGCAGCAAUGCGACUUACUCCGAGUUUGAACUUUCCUACUUCCUGGAAGCAGCACUACAGAGCGCCUUUGUGACUCAUCUAAAGAAGGGAAAUAUCGUGAAAGGAAUGAGGAGUCUGCGAGAAAUACUACGAACUGUGGAAACAAAAGCUACUCAGACCUUCAGAAUGACUGCAGCCAAACAACUAGCCCAAGUACUUCUCCAUUCUCUCAGUGAAGACUGUUACUGGAGCCCUUUAUCUGAUCCACUUCCUGAGUUCAUGAACAAGGAAGAUCAGUCUUAUGUUAGCAAUCUUCUUUGUCGGAGGCCUGAGCUGUACACAGAAGAGAAUGCAUACUGCCCUCAAGACAACGUAGAAGAGUCUCUUCUUCUCCUCUUAAUCAGUGAAUCCAUGGCAAACCGGGAUGCAGUAAUCAGCCGAGCUCCGGACCAGCAGGAUGAUAGAGCUGUCAGCCUCCGGGAUGCUUCUGCAGUCUACGACCUCCUGAGUAUCACGCUGGGCAGAAGAGGGCAGUAUGUUAUGCUUUCUGAGUGCUUGGAGAGAGCCAUGAAGUUUGCAUUUGAUGAGUUUCAUCUUUGGUACCAGCUUGCACUGUCCAUGGUGGCUUGUGGAAAGUCAGCAUACGCUGUAUCAGUGCUUAGAGAAUGUGCUAAACUGAGACCUACAGAUCCCACCGUUCCUCUGCUGGCUGCCAAAGUCUGCAUUGGUUCCCUGCACUGGCUGGAAGAAGGAGAGUACUUUGCUAAAACCGUGAUAGACAUGGGUGAGGAUGCUGGAGAGUCCCUAGCAAAGGGUUACCUGGCACUGGGCCUAACAUACAGUCUUCAAGCUACUGAUGCUACUCUGAAGGAUGCUCAGGAUGAAUUGAACAAGAAGGCACUUCAGACUUUGGAAAGAGCACGUGACUUGGCCCCAGAAGAUCACCAAAUCAUCCUCUACCUAUCACUGCAGCUGGCUCUUGUCAGACAGAUUUCUGAUGCUAUAGAACAUCUUCAAGAAGCACUGCAACUGUGCAAAGAUGACAUGAAUUCACUUCACCUGCUGGCCCUCCUCUUCUCAGCUCAGAAGCACUAUCAGCAUGCACUGGAGGUUAUCAACAUGGCUGUUGUUGAAUACCCAGAAAGCUUUAGCUUACUCUUCACCAAAGUAAAACUGGAAUGGAUACAUAAAGGACCUGAAGAGGCCUUGGUGACAUGCAGACAUAUGCUGCAGAUGUGGCAGAUGGUGUAUAAUGUUUUACAGCACAGUGGCUCUGAGAAAGGAAGUAGUGUGACUGAAACACCAGUGAUCAAAAAGCAUAAUGGACUGCAUCUUAUGCUCCCGGAUGCUCAUGAUACUGAAUGCGGUUCACAGCGAGCCUCCUCCCUUGCUGCAUCAAGAAUGGAACAGGCCAUGUCAGAAAUAACUAUGCAGAGCAGUGCAAUAAAGCAGGGACCACAGCAGCUGUGGACAGUUCUUCAACAAAUUUGGCUGCAAGCUGCUGAGCUCUUCAUGGAACAGCAGCAUCUCAAAGAAGCAGGCUUUUGUAUCCAGGAGGCAGCUAGUCUUUUCCCCACAUCUCAUGCUGUACUGUACAUGCGUGGGAGGCUCUCAGAGCUGAAAGGCAAUUUGGAGGAGGCUAGGCAAUUGUAUGAUGAAGCACUCACAGUGAAUCCAGCUGGAGUGGAAAUUAUGCACAGCCUGGGCCUGGUGCUGAACAGACUUGGACGGAGGGACCUGGCCCAGAAAGUCCUCAGAGAUGCCAUCCAGAUCCAGACCACCAGUCACAAGGCCUGGAACAGCCUUGGAGAGGUCUUGCAAGCUCAGGGGAAAAACGAAGCAGCCAUUGAAUGCUUCCUCACUGCUCUGGACCUUGAAUCCAGCAGUCCUGUCAUCCCGUUCACUGUCAUACCUAGGGAGCUCUGAAGCUUUGCUCUGCAGCUAAACACCUUCAUUCUAUGGACAGACACCAAAACCAGACAAAUAAACAAAGAAAAAGCCCAAUAGAAAA